GGGUCUUGACAUUCGCCUGCCCCCUCUGUCCUGUAGCUAGGCAUUAUUUUUUGAGACAUUGUGAGUUUUCCUUCAGUGUCACAAUGACUCGUCCAGCACUCAGAUUAAUUCUGUUGGGCUUCUUUCUCAUCUCUGCCUCUUCAGCUCCUGUUAAAAAGACACAAGAUGUGAAUAUUUACAGUUUCUACAUUAACUCUACUGUGACCAGUCGCUACGCCACCACAAUCAUCACAAGCCGUGUGGCAAACAGACUUAAUGAAUCUCAGGAGAUCUUCUUUGAAGUGAAGAUACCCAAGAAUGCCUUCAUCAGUAAAUUCAGAAUGACCAUAGAUGGAAAGAGCUAUGAUGGAGUUGUGAAGGAGAAAGCAGACGCUCAGCAGCAGUACAGUCAAGCAGUUUCACAAGGACAAAGUGCUGGACUCAUCAAGUCUGUUGGAAGGACUUUAGAAGAAUUUAAAACAUCAGUGAAUGUGGCCGCUCUCAGUAAAGUCACCUUUGAGUUGACUUAUGAGGAACUGCUAACGCGUCGCCUUGGCAAAUAUGAGCUGCUCAUCAAUGCACAACCAAUGCAGACGGUGGCAGAUUUCAAGAUUGACGUACACAUCCAUGAGAAACCAGGAAUUUCCUUCUUGGAGGUGACAGGAGGUCUGAGCACCAAUGAUCUGGCCAAUGCCAUCAAAACUACAAGAGCUGACAGUGAUGCAUGGGUGACCUUUUACCCCACUCGAGAGCAGCAGACCAAAUGCAAAGACUGUGAUAAAAAUGGGCUGAAAGGAGACCUGCUCAUUUCAUAUGAUGUUGAGAGACAAAAUCCUAAUGGUGAAAUGAAAGUAUCAAAUGGGUAUUUCGUCCACAACUUUGCACCCUUAGAUCUUCAAAGUAUUCCCAAAAAUGUGGUGUUUAUUAUUGACCGAAGUGGCUCCAUGCACGGCAAAAAAAUUAAGCAGACACGUUUGGCACUGCUAAAGAUUUUGAGUGAUCUUUCUGAGGACGAUCACUUUGGAUUGAUCACGUUUGACAGUCAAGUUGAUUUGUGGAAGCGUGAACUCCUUAAAGCUACCAAGGCAAACCUGGAUGACGCGAAAUCAUUUGUGAAGAAGAUUACAGAUAGAGGAUCCACGGACAUAAAUGCAGCGGUGUUAGAAGGAGUAAAUAUGUUCAAACGGCAGCCACAAGCUGGAUCUGCUUCAAUCCUUAUACUACUGACCGAUGGAGAUCCAACAUCAGGUGAAACCAACACAGAAAGGAUUAUGUCUAAUGUGCGAAAGGCCAUUGGGUCAAAGUUUCCCCUCUAUUGUCUUGGUUUCGGAUAUGAUGUGAAUUUUGAUUUCCUAACAAAAAUGUCACUGGAAAAUAAUGGAGUUGCUCGCAGAAUAUAUGAGGAUUCUGAUGCCGAUCUACAGCUGCAGGGCUUUUACGAUGAAGUUGCCGUCCCACUUCUAACUGAUAUUCAACUUAACUACAUAGGAGUCUCAAAUCUUACCCAGAACAAUUUUGCCCUGUACUUCAACGGCUCUGAAAUUGUGGUAUCCGGACAAAUUACAGACAACAAUGUGGAGAGCAUCAGCACUGAAGUCAUCGCAAUAUCAAAAGGCAGUAAGGUGACGUACCAAAACACUGUAACAACAAAAGAUGUAAUUGAUGUCCCAUCUGAACAUGAAGAUUUUGUGGAAAGACUGUGGGCCUACCUUACAGUGAAACAACUUCUGGACAAACAUGUUCUUCUUGAAGGUCCAGAAAAAGAGGCUGUAAAGAACGAAGCUCUCAAACUUUCACUCAAAUAUCAGUUUGUUACAUCUCUCACAUCUAUGGUUGUUACCAAGCCACAGGAAGGUGACGUGGAGGUUGCAGACAAACCCAAAGAGGGAAAGGAAUCACACAGACCUCCAGUUUCUAGAUAUCCGUCAUUCACUCCUCGAACAGGCUAUGGUCCUCCAGGUCCUUCAGACUACGAUUACGAUCUGCUUUAUGCUAGUCGUCUUAGGGUUCCAGCUAGUCGUCCAAGGGUUCGAGGUAGUCGUCCAAGUGUUCGAGGUAGUCGUCUAAGGGUUCCAGACUUUUACGGCCGUUCAGGGUAUUACGCUUUUGAUACUCCGAACAGGGCACCUACACAUGUGACACGUACACUUGUGGCACCUACUCAAUCAGCAGUUCUUGCAGUUCGUAAUAAUCGGUUCCUGCUGCCUGCUGAUGGUCAGACGAAACCGCUUUGUUUUGAUGUCCCUAUUCCUCACAAACUAAAACUGCUACAGGAUUCUGCUUUAGGGUUCUCUAUGAAUGGAAAGUCUAGGGGAUCUAAAACUGGAUUCCAACAAAUCAUCAUUCAUUACAAAACAAACCAUCACCUGACAAUAAAUACAAGCUCUAUUAAUUAUAAUGAUGGCCAGAAUAAUGUUCAGUAUCUGUGGGGCCAGGAACCUUCCCAACAUGAACAAGAGGGUAUCAUAUUGAUUCUGCGGGACAAUGAAAUGGAUGUUACGAUUGGAAGUAUCCGUGUUGUUAUUGUACUUCAUAAGAAACGUAAGGAUGUGUUUCUGUGGCCUGCUGUUUGGCAACAACCAAAAAAUGUCACUUUGUCAGGUAUUUUAGGAAAAGACAAAAUUUCGUAUGAGGAGAUUCAAGGGUCAACUCUAAAGAUAAUGGACAAUGAUGUGAAAGCAUCAUGGGAUGAAAUGACAGACUACAGAUUUCCUUCAGCUCCAGUCGUCAGAUGUUGGCUUGUGCCGUUCCAGGCUGUGAUGAACGGAGAGAUUUCUGAUUUUACUGUUACUCAGAUGUAGAGUUCACAGCAUGUGUAUAUGAUAUAAUAAAGAGCAUACCUUAACCAUUUGCCUCUUUGCUUCUCAAAAAUCUGCUUGAUUUUAACCAUGUGCUUAUCUGUCUUCAUACUGAAGUCAAACCAAUGCCUCUUGCAGUUGGACACAUAUUUUACUGUAUUCACAAAAUCACAAUAAAAUCUACAAAGCAAUAAUGUGCUCCAACCA